CAUAUGUAGUGUCUCUAGCCAUCUGUAGUAUCUGACAGGAUCUGUGCGAGUGCGUAGUAGAAACAAAUUUGGUUUUGGUGGUUUGGUUGAACAUUUAUUCUCAAAGAAAAUGAUAAAUUCAGCAAAUGCGAUCGCUCACCAGGUGAGGAGGUUCACUACGAGCGUGAUUCGUAGGAGUGCUCACGAUCCCUACGACGGCGUUCCCGGACACAACUUCCCGUUCAGCACAAAAAAUAGACACUUACUGCUACUUGGAUUUAUGAUUUUCUGCGGCAGCGGAUUUUCUCUUCCCUUCCUCAUGGUCCGUCAUCAGUUGAAAAAAUAAGCUUUUAGUACAUUAAGUUGUCGCCUUGCGAGUCAGAUUACAUGACUGCAUCCGACUAGUAUGAUAUUCUACAUCGAUGCUGUAAGCAUCAUUUUGAUUACGUUAGGAUAAUGUAAUAGGAAAUGUAUGAGUUCGUAAUAAAGAUUUAUCAAUAUCUGAUAAUGUC